CGAAACAGACAGCCCAGCGCACGGCUUGUCAGUGGAGGCUCAGGCGACGGAGCGCUUGUAUACAUGGCAAGAGAGCGAGCGAUGGAGGCGGGAGGCAGGGUGCCGUGGGUGAAAUAUGGGUCUGUUCUAUCUUUAUUUGUGGUUGUGUUGGCCCUCUGGUUCCGGUCACCCCAGAAUGCAGUGCUGGACGACCGGCUGGACAUUGUUCUGUCCUCUCUGCUCCGGGCUGAGCGGAAGGUGGGGAUGAAUAACGUCGCUCGACCCAAAGUAGCUAUUGGUUUUGGAGGUUGUGUUGACCUUAUAGUAGACGGUGUGUCACUGCUUAAUAAAAUUGGCGUCCAGCCCACAGACCAGCCCCUGCAUCACAACUACCUAGAAAAUGCUGAGCAGCUCGCUCAGAGCUUUGCAUAUUUCUUUGCACCAGGAGCAGCUGCAGAGCGUUUUAUGCUAAAUGAAACCCUCUUUAGUGAGCUGGUCGAGGAGGCCCGUGACUUACCUGGAAACAGAUGGUCAGUAGGCGGCAAUGCUCCAGUAAUGGCUGGUCGUAUGGCGACUGAGGGUUGUGAUGUGUUGCUUGGGGGAAGCUUUAGCACCGAUUUUACUGAUGUCCUGUCGCAGCACAUUACAGUGGCAGGUAAAGUGGUAGAUGAGCCAGACAUUCAUCUGAUUCUGGAGUAUCCAUCUGGUGCCCACUGGGGGCGCUAUACCUCACGUAGAGCCAAUCGAUAUAUCGUCCACAGUGAUGACCAUAACCCCUACCUGGCCUCUAUGGAUGAGUUUGCUAAAAAACUGAAGGACUUCAAUCCAGACCUACUGGUGGUGGGAGGGCUCCAAAUGAUGGACAACUUCCCAUUCCAGUCAGGCGAGCGAGAUGCUAUCCUCUCCCGCCUGGAAGAGCUGCUUUCCUCCUCAUCUCCUCAGAUUGGCAUUCAUUUUGAGAUGGCAAGUUUUGUGGAAGAGAGCAUCAUGGAAGACCUGCUUCAACAUGUCAUUCCCCAUGCAGACUCUUUGGGGAUGAAUGAGCAGGAGCUUCCAAACCUGCUUAGCUUGCUCAAAGGUUCCAACAUCACUGUGUUGUCAGACCCAAACCCUCGUGUAGCUACCGUCCUCGACCAGAUGAGGGAGGUCUAUCGCAUUUUGAACCAGCGCUACAAGGAAGCCAGUGCAGAAAAUCAGGCAAAAGAUGCUAAAGCUAAGGGUAAGCCGCUGACCCGACUCCAUGUCCACACGCUGGCCUUUCAGGCCAUGAUUGUGACUCGUGGCUCCCAGUGGAAGAACACCAUGUCAGCCACUGCCAAAGCUUCGCUCACAGCUAACCGCCAUGUCUGUGGCUCUAAUGACAUUGACCCCAGCAAGGCGAGGCUCAUCAUGGACGAUUCCUUCUCUGUUAGCCGGCAGGAGGGAAGCCAGCGUAUCCCUUUGCAGGAAACCAGGCCCGUCAGCUGCUGGAGUGAAGCAGACUAUGAGAUCUGUGUAGCACCAGUGCUGGUGUGCACUGAGGUUUAUCAGACUGCAGGCGGAGGGGACAACAUCUCAGCUGCUGGCCUGGUGCUGCAGAUUUAGAGAAGGAUAGACACUAAGUGGUCUGUGUGUGUGUUUGUGUGUGUAGUGCUAAUCAAAUGUUAAUGAACUGUGUGACUCUGCAAACUUGAUCUAGGUUUGAUGCAUAGUAGCCUUCAGGAACUGACACAGGUGUCAGGCUGAUAAGAUCACCUUUGCAUCUCACAGCUGAGGUGCACAUUAAGGAAGAUGAUUGUUAUCCCUCAUAGCUGGAAUUAGAUGAUGGAGUACUGUGGUUAUUAAUCAGGUUAGGCCAUCAAAUGUUGAAUAGAUGGACACAAUUUUGAUUUUUUUGAAAGCAAUGCCAAACAAAAACCAGUAAACUCAGAAAUGGCUUUUAACUGAUUGAGUUAACUAUCUGCUAAUGAGACUACAUGUAGUUAAUUGUCAGGUAGAUGUGCCUUUAGACAGGGUGGGGCGCCAUCAUUGAUUUAUUCUCUCAGAUUAUGGUGAUUUUGAUUUUUUUUUUUUUUUUUUUUUUUUUAAACAAAAUAGAGUCCUGCUGUGUCUCACUUGGAUUCAACUUCUAGGCCACCUCACUGUAGUCCAUCAUCUAACUCCAGUGAGUUUUAAUCAGCUGUCCUCUAUUUCUCCAAGGCCUUACAAGCAGAUUUUCAGUCAGGAUGAGAUCAGGAGGGAUGAGGUAUGGAUAAAGUCAGAUACCUGACUGCGGGUUGUUUUUUAUAGUACCAUUUUAGUAACUUCUUUGUUUUACAAAACUUCUGAUGUAGGAUAAAAUUCUCCCUUAAUCCUUUAAACCUGGGGUUCCACUAUGCAGAAAACAGAUUCAGAAGAAUCAGAAGUAGCUGAAUCUUGUCAACUACUUGAAAUCUACAGCUCAGACCAGUGAACAACCUUUUGACCUCACCCGCCUUUGUGCAAACAUAUUUUCAGAUGAGCCAGCUUUUGACAGAAAACAUCAGAAAAAUUCCAGUAUUUUUAAAACUAGGACCAGUUUUCCAGGCUUUUGGGGUAGUAGUGAUUUUACAAAAAACAAAAACUGGAUGUAGUCCAAUUUUGAGAGAUGCUCUGCAACAGCUAAACAGCUGCAAAGUAAUCUCAAGGAGCAGGUUUAAAGAUACUGAAAUGUUCCUUUUAAUGAAAGGCUACCUUUCCUUUUCCCUCUCCUAUCUCAUUAAAAAAGGCAAAGGAAGCCCCUGUACCUCCCAGUGUAUGUGAAAAGUGUGCUCAGUGGUUUGGGUGUGUUUGCGUUUGAAUCAUCAUUCCUCUGUGGUUCAGUUCCAGUGCAAUAAUGCAACAUCAAUGUUAAGAGACCACUGCUGGUAGUGGCAUAUGAUGUCCAAAUCUUUCUCUCUACCUCCAUGCUCUCUUUGUCCUUUCCUCUUUCCAUCAGCUGUCUCGCUUCUGUUUCUUCAUCAUACUUUUAUCUGUCGUAUGACCUCUUCCUAAUCUUCUGCCAGUUUAUGGCUCUUCAAGGACCAAAUAACCAGAGUGAACUGUCCCAGACAGAAUUCCCAGGCAAUAGUGAAGUUACAGGCAUCUCACAUUAUAUGGCUGGAUAUCGUGGAACAGUAGUUAUUUAAAGGAACAUGAGCAAUCUAUUUGAAGCCAUGGUGUUGGUCAUUGUGAAGUAGUGGACCACUCAGAAAUUCCAUUUUCUUCAUGCAGCCUUUGCUUCAGUUGUAGGAUUAGAGUCCAGAAAUUAGUCCGUGUUAUUUUAAGCCCCACACUGACAUCUUUAGAUGAAUCCAGUUUCUACAUGAUCAUCAAAUAUGUUUCAUUUACAUUCAAAUCUGUAUUUACUGAUGCAAUUGGACUUAACUGGGAUUGUAGCCAACCCCCCCCCCCAAUUCCUUUUAUAGAUUCAGCUUCACUUUCACAAGUAAACCACAACAUACAAAUGUACCUUUUUUUCUUGAUUAACCUAUUUGUUCUUUUAUUUGUUUCUUAAAACAUGCUUUUUGAAGUGUGGAGCCCCCCCCCCCUUUAAACAAGAAUGCAUUCAUUUUGUUACAGAGUAUGAGGUUAAGAAAAAAAGGGAAAUGGAAAGGAUAGAAAAUCCCUUUAAAUCUUUUCUCUGUAUCAUGGCUGAACUGAUUUAAUGAUGUUUGAUUUUUGAUCGAUUGAAGAUGAGCCUUAUUCUGUUUUUACUUUUGGUGUUUAGUGAAAAGGGAACCUUUCAAUACAGACUUUUUCUAUCACUAUUGGCUGAUCUUUCCUCAUGUCUUAAACAGUAACGGGUUAUAUUUUUACUGUGAAUGGAAACCAUGGCAUGUGUCCAUGCUCACAUAGUGAAGUGCUUGUUUUCAUCCAUGUUUCAAUGCUGUGUUUAAUUGUUUUAUGCAUGUUGACUAUUUGAUUCAGAAUCACCUGAUAAAAUGC